GGCAUUAGCCAAAUAUUGAAGAAGGCGACCAACCAAGGAAAAAAGUUCGUUGAAGCCUCGUCGCCACCACCUAACCUCCCACCCCUUCCUCCUCGUAGAUGGAUACCAAAACUAUGGCGGAAAAUGAUCAGGUGAAGCCCUUCACGGCGCCAUCCCCCACCGUCAACCCAAUCAACAGCGAUGAAGAAGGCGGCGCCACCGGGUGGCGACCGGUCCGUUAUCUCCGCAAGCGGCGUUGCGCCCUCUGGUGCUGCGGCUGCUGCGGCCUCACCGUCGUCAUCCUCGGCAUCGUCAUCCUCAUUCUGUCCCUCACCGUGUUCAAGGUCAAAGACCCGACCCUCACCAUGAACUCCAUCAGCCUGAGUGGCUUCGACUCGGGUAUUUUUUCGGGGAACGACCCCGGGUCGCUGAACGCGACGCUCACCGCCGACAUCUCGAUAAAGAACCCGAACGUGGCGUCGUUCAAGUUCGACAACAGCACCACCGAAUUCUACUACCAUGGAAAGACCGUCGGGGUGGCGUACGCGCCGAACGGCAAGGUUUCGGCCCACCGGACGGUGCGCAUGAACGUGACGGUGGACGUGCUCGUCGACCAGGUGCUGCUGCGGACGAACGGGACGAUGAGCCUGAUCACGGGCAGUGAGUUGAGCCUGACGAGCUACACAGAUUUAAAUGGGAGGGUGGACGUGCUAGGGAUUUACAAACGGCACAUAGAUGUGAGGAUGAACUGCAGCAUGAACUUGGAGGUGUCUGCCCUGUCGCAGGAGAUCACGAACACGGUCUGUGCGGCCAACGUCGAGUGAAGGAAGAGAGGAAGUAUCGAAGAGGGGAAUGGGAUCCAUGCUUGAUUGAUAUCUAAAUACUCUUUUUUCUUUUUCCUUUUUUGCCUCAUCGAUGUUGUUAUUGGAGAUUUGUGCAUAUAAUUAUAUUUUGGUUAUGCGAUUGCGUUCGAGCAAUUGCAAGUAUCGAUUGUGACAUUGCAAGAAUUUUCCCAAUGAAAAACUUAGAGAUUAGGAUUCUAUUGA